AUAAACAAAAUUUUUCAUGCACACAUUUCCUUUGCAGCCAAACCCACUACAGCUGACUUUCCACCUUCCGUUACAUCGUUACCUUGCUACUUUUAUGGUACAAGCUGUGCAGCAUCAGAAACAAGAUCUUACAUCUGUCGUACCACCAGAGAGGAUGUUGAAAAGUUUGUUAACUCACCUUUUACAGAUACAGGUUGCCACAACAGAAGUAUACUGCAACAUGUGGGUUAGAAAUGGUCUACAGAUUAAGGGACAAGCAAUGACCUAUGUACAGUGUCACUUCUGUUACUCCAUGGUAGAUGCUGACAUAUAUCUGAUGCAGGUGUGUGCAAGUAGACUGGAUCCAGAUUAUUUUGUACAGACUGUUCUUGAUAGGUACCACAUCAGUGACUGGAUGUCAUUUAAUCCAUUCCCGGUCCAAGGAGCUGCAAGAUGGAGAAAGAACAGGAACUGUCCAUGGUUGAAGGAGCGCUACAAUUCUUUACUAUGUUACUGCAUGUUCGUACAUAUCUUGGUAUGUCAGGGUGACUUUUUAUUAAUAAGGUGA